CGUGCAGCCCGCCUGGCUGCCGGCGGCCCCCGGGCUGCGGGAUCCGGACGGUUGCCUCUCUCCCCUGUCAGCGCGAUGCCCCGGGCGGCGGCUGCAGGCUCCUCGCGGCCGUGACCGCCGCACCGAGCCUGCCCGGGCGGUUGGGGCCGUUGGACGUUUGUUUUCGCAGCCUUCCCCUCCCCCUCACCAAGGCGGCGGGGUGCGCGUUGGGAAGGGGGAGCCGAGAGACUCCUCCUCCUCCCGGUACCCCCGCCCCUCCCCCUUACACACUCGCACGCACCGCCGCGCCGGCUCCCACACGCUCGCGCGCCUCCCGCCCCGCGCCUCCGUGUCCGCUGGCGGCGUCCGGGGCCCGCGGAGCCACCAUGUCCACUGCCUCCUCCUCCAGUUCCUCCCAGACCCCUCAUCCCCCGCCGCAGAGGAUGCGGCGCAGCGCCGCCGGCUCCCCGCCCGCCGCCCCCGCCGCGGGGAGUGGGAACGGUGCGGGCGGCGGCGUGGGCUGCGCCGCGGCUGCGGGCGCCGGGCGGCUGCUGCAGCCCAUCCGCGCCACCGUCCCCUACCAGCUCCUGCGGGGCAGCCAGCACAGUCCCACGCGCCCGCCCGCCGCCGUCGCCGCCGCCUCGCUGGGCAGCCUCCCGGGGCCCGGCGCGGCCCGCGGCCCCAGCCCGUCCAGCCCGACGCCGCCGACGCCGGCCGGGGCCCCCACCGAGCAGGCGCCGCGAGCCAAGGGCCGCCCGCGACGGUCCCCCGAGAGCCACCGGAGGAGCAGCUCACCUGAGAGAAGGAGCCCGGGCUCGCCCGUGUGCAGAGUGGACAGGCCAAAAUCUCAGCAAGUUCGAACCUCUAGUACAAUAAGGCGAACCUCUUCUUUGGAUACAAUAACAGGACCUUAUCUCACAGGACAGUGGCCACGGGAUCCUCAUAUUCAUUACCCUUCAUGUAUGAAAGAUAAAGCUACUCAGACACCUAGCUGUUGGGUGGAAGAGGGAGCAGAAGAGAGGUCACAUCAGCGUUCUGCGUCAUGGGGGAGUGCUGAUCAACUGAAAGAGCAGAUUGCCAAACUGCGGCAGCAACUACAACGUAGUAAACAGAGUAGUCGGCACAGUAAGGAGAAAGAUCGUCAGUCACCUCUCCAUGGCAACCAUAUAGCCAUCAGUCACACUCAGGCUACUGGAUCAAGAUCAGUCCCUAUGCCUCUGUCAAAUAUAUCAGUGCCAAAAUCAGCUGUUUCACGUGUGCCCUACAAUGUAGAAGGAAUAAGUCCUGAGUUAGAGAAGGUAUUCAUUAAGGAAAAUAAUGGGAAGGAGGAAGUGUCCAAGCCUUUGGAUAUUCCAGACGGCCGAAGAGCUCCGCUCCCUGCUCACUACCGGAGCAGCAGCACACGCAGCAUCGACACUCAGACCCCCUCUGUCCAGGAGCGCAGCAGCAGCUGCAGCAGCCACUCGCCCUGUGUCUCCCCCUUCUGUCCCCCAGAAUCCCAGGACGGUAGCCCUUGCUCAACCGAAGAUUUACUCUACGAUCGUGAUAAAGACAGUGGGAGUAGCUCACCGUUACCCAAGUAUGCUUCAUCUCCCAAACCAAACAACAGCUACAUGUUCAAACGGGAGCCCCCCGAGGGAUGUGAGCGAGUGAAGGUCUUUGAGGAAAUGGCGUCUCGUCAGCCUCUCUCAGCCCCUCUCUUUUCAUGUCCUGACAAAAACAAGGUUAAUUUCAUCCCAACGGGAUCAGCUUUCUGUCCUGUGAAGCUCCUGGGCCCUCUCUUACCCGCCUCUGAGCUGAUGCUCAAGAACUCUCCCAGCUCUGCCCAGAACCCAGGCCUGGCCACCCUGACCGUGGAGCAGCUCUCCUCCCGGGUCUCCUUCACGUCGCUCUCUGAUGACACCAGCGCGGGCUCCACGGAGGCCUCCUCCAUCCCGCAGCCAUCCCAGCAGCCCCCGCAGCUCCUGCAGGACCUGCAGGGCGAGGAGCACGUCUCUGGGCAGAACUACGUGGUCAUCUAAUGCCGCCGCGGGGGCUGGCCCUACGGGACCGUCCACGGAUUAGGAACCAGGUCUCAGAUGUCUACCUGCAUGGAGUGACAAACUUUCUGAAUGCCACCACCGACAACAAGCUACUUAGCAGCAUCGUAAAGUAUCUCUUAACACUGAUCUUGGCAGGGAUGGAACUCCUCUUCAGCAGUUUUUGUGGAAAGCAGCAAUGCUUGCAAAAUGUGUGUCACUGAGCAUUUUAAGUGGAGACUAUGCAUUUCAUAGUAUGUUUGACAGAUUAGUACUGUGUCCUGUGUUUUGUUCCAAAUUCUUCAGUAUAAAUAAGCUCUAUAUCAAAAAGUUGCCUGUCUAAAUAGAAAAUGUCUUGCUGUGUUUUGUCCUAUGGAAAAUACUGUACUUCAGGAUUAUGUUUACAAUCGAUCCAGGUGUUUGUUUCUAACUUCAGUAAUACAUACAAUGCAAAAAAUAAAAUAAAAUAAUGGCCACAACAGUUGCACAGUGCCCACCCUAUGGCCUAGCUUCAGGUACUUCAGUUGAAGUCUAAACUCAGGUAACUUGGAAUGUAUAUCAUAUUGGGAUAUUAACUAUUUCACAGCUAAAAAGCUAAAGAGGGAACAUCACUCUUUGCCUUUCCUUGUUUUACGCAUUUCCCUUUCCUCAUUACAUUCCACUUCCUUAGAAUAAGAAGUGCAUUCAGCCCUAGGAGAACGGUCAUCCUGGACCUGGGGGAAAUGAGGACCAGCACACCCAGGGUGUCUGACAUCACUCCUGUCAUGUGGUUACCAGGAAAACAGCUGUUGCAUUCAUGGUCUCAAUGUGUGUAAACGUGGCUUUUUUUUUUUUUUUAAAGUUCAGGUGUUGCUCAGUUAAUGACUGUUCGGUGUCGCAUAUACAGUGUCCAGUACCAGGCUGUACACAAACAUUCCACAUUGUGUGUGAUGGAAUUUAAAGGCAAGAAUGUCUAGGUUUAAAUUCAGAACGAGUGAAGUUUCACAGGGAGUGGUUGAGAUUUGUUUGUUUAUGUUGGCCAUCAGGUAAUGAAACGCUACUGUUUUAUCUAAGGCAUGUAAAUGUCUAGUUUCCCUUUUGGAGAGUCUUUAAUUCGCAGGUUUAAAAAGGACACGCUUGGGGUUAUUAUCUUCCUCAAGCAGUUCAGGUGCAUGAGUGACAUUCAUGUAGAGAGGGAAUGUGUAGGUCUCAGAAUUAAUGCCACAGGAGUUAGAGGUUAGUUGAUGACUGACAAAAGCAGUAGUUUGACGCUGGAUCAUUUAAGCCUCUCUCGUAGUAUCAUGAAUAGUUCUGUUGGUAUUUUGGUCAUGCAAAAACCCAAGUAAAUAGCCUUGACCUUGCAGACUUGACUUCUCGGCGCAGUGUGAACAGGGCCCCAGAUGCUCCCAACUGCUCAGGGGAAGAGCCCGACUUUCAGACAUUGUUUUCUGUCACACAAAGAGAGGAUCCAAAAGCAAAGGGAAGUUUUGUAUCUUCAUUCCAUUGCUUUCAGUUUAAUAAAACGUAGAGUUGUUUCCAUCUGCACCUUAAGUAUAGGGCACGGUUUUCUGAAGAGUUAGGGGAACAAGAUGCCUACAGCUACUGGAACGUUGCAGUUCCCUUCAGUCAUUCCCAGGUUGUUAUUUUCUAAGGAGGUUGGAGAAGGAAGAGACGGUAGAGAUGAAAGCAACACCAUUGAUUUUUCUUUUAAAGAAAUGGCAUCUAUGUGUAUGUGUUUGUGUGUGUAUGUAUUCUGUGUAUUAUUUUGUCAUGAUUCCAAUUUUCUUCUUUCCACCAAAGUUUGCAGUAAUAUUCUCUACUGAAGGCGCAUUCUGGCUCCUUUAAAUUAGUCAGUGUUACGUUGUAGGAGACUGUCAUGGGAAAAGACUCAGUUUACUUUUGCCAUUUUCACAGGGGAACCUUUUUAAACAAUCUCUUCAGCAAGCAGACACCUUUAACCCUAAUAAUCUCAGGCCUUGAUGAAAAUACUAUAUUUUGUAGAUUAUGGUUAAAGGGAGAAAAUUCUUAGUUCUGUAAGAUAAAUAUGAGCUCCAUUAACUUCUGAUACCUGGUUUAGCAUUACCCACGUGUUGAUCUUAUGCUCUGCUUUUGUCCAAAUAAGAUGCAAUAGUAUCAAUAUCAAUUUCCAAAAGAUGGACUGAAUAUGCUUUCCUGGUGAUGAAAUCUGAUGUACGAUAUUUAUAGUGAUAUGUGCUUUUAUUUUCUCAUGAUAAACUGAAUAUUAAUUGUGUUGUACAUUUAUUCUUAGCCUAUAUGAACGUUUUGAACCAAAUGUGUUAAAGCUUAUGCUUUGCCAUAUAAAUUUCCAGGAAGUUGUUGAGCUCAAAUGUAUCCUACAUCCAGCUGUAGAAAUUUGUCAGAAAUUGUUUAAAUUUUGUAUAUAGUUGUACUGUUUAAUCCUAGCCACUGCGGUAAACAGUAUUGGAGUUACCAUCAAUAUGGCUUUACACAAGGAAAUGUGUGGCUUUUGUUUUGUAUUUUUUCAGUAUAGAAGUUCCUGUGUCUUAUUUAAAUAAAGUUAUUAGUAAAAGAGGAA